UAUAGCUCGCAGGCCAUAAACAUCUAGUGGACUUUGCGUAAGAAAAUCGUAAACAAUGGCGGUCUUUUUCCCCACCAAGAGAUUUCCUUAUUAUCUUGCAAAUCUCGGCUUUUGCCGACAGUUUAGUAAUCCAAGUGGGCCCAGAAUUAGAACAGGACUUCAGCUAAAAAAGAUAUUAACCUUGUCUGGGGCAACCAUAGCCGGUGGUGCUUUAUUAUGGAUAGCCUCUCGUGAAUAUCGUAUGCCAUCGGUUCACGCAGCUUCAACCAAAAUGAGAUCAAAGGACGAUCCAAAAAUCGGAAGUGCAGCUGUUUUAUCGCAACUGACUUCGCGUGAGCGUCGCUUCGUUCAGUUUGCUUCUAAUGAAUUUCGAGGACAGUUAUACAUGACUCCUCAGGAUUUUUUAGAGUCGGUCAUCGAAGGAGAACCUCGACCUCGUCUGAAACGAAGAAAUUUGCAGGAACACAAUUUACAAGCAUUGCAGAAAGCAACACCUCCCUUGUCAAAAGGGAACUUUCGGACCUUUAGAGACCUUGGGGAACAAGGUUUGAUAUCCUACACUGAAUAUUUAUUUCUACUAUCAAUAUUGACAAAACCAAAAUCGGGAUUUCACAUAGCUUUCAACAUGUUCGAUACAGAUGGAAAUGCUCGAGUCGAUAAACAAGAAUUUAUGGUGUUGUUGGGUAUACUCUGCCAAAAGAUUUUUAAAGAAGAUAUCGUGCGAGGCAUCGACCGGGAUCUUCUGGAGCGGAUUUUUAGUCAUGCGUACCGCGAUAGGCGUGGAUUGCCUGUUGCGGCAGGCGACCCAAAAAGCAGUUCAAACGAUUUGGUUGUGACGGCAGCCCAGCAGUCACCAUCUGGGCAAAACUCCCCGGAAGGAGAUGGCCUGCUUAAACGUAACGAUUUGGAUACAACUUUACUGCUCCAUCUAUUUGGUAAAGAUGGAAACCUGAGUUUGAGUUUCGAGGAGUUUGCCCGGUUUAUGCAGAAUUUACAGACAGAAGUUCUCGAACUUGAAUUUCAGGAAUUCUCUAAAGGCUUAGGAACCAUUACUGAACAGGAUUUUGCUAAAAUUUUACUUCGAUACACUCAACUAGACACAGCCGCAUAUGACGAAUUUCUGGAACGCUUAGUUCAAGGGGAUCCUGAAGAAAAGGGAAUAACCUUUCCGGAAUUCCAUGAUUUCUGCACAUUUCUUAACAACUUAGACGACUUCGCCAUUGCAAUGAAAAUGUACACACUUGCUGAUCGUCCGGUUUCGGAAAGUGAAUUCCAACGAGCCGUGAAAAUUUGCACUGGUGCUUCAUUAAGUGAGCAUGUUGUACGGAUCGUCUUUCUGAUUUUCGACCAAGAUGGUGAUGGCAGAUUAUCGGAUCGCGAGUUCAUUGCGAUAAUGCGUGACCGAAUUCAUCGUGGAUUACAGUCACAUACGCGUAACGAGGGAUGGGACGCUUUCAAACACUGUGUCAAGCAGGAAAUAAAAUCCCUUAAUUAAAAUUUGAAGAUCGAACAAACAAAGGGAAAAAAAUUAUUUCCUUGUUAGGAACGUUCGAAUUGCUUUGCAUAUAAUUUCACGCUUUAGAUUCAUAUUCUGUACAUUUUUUAAACAUCUACGUUAAAUUAUUGAUGUGAAGCUUUUUCGAUCCACAUUCGUCUCUUUACUCCAUUUCGAAUCAAUUUAAGAUAUUUUUAUUUUAAGACUGUGUAUUUAGUUAUAUGAAUUUGUUUUGAGUUAUAAGCACAGCCUUAUUUGUAGGCACUGUAACAAUUUACAAAAGUUGUGGUUUUAUGAAUUUCAAUAAAUGGUAAUGCAUAGUUAGAGAAUACUUAAA